AUGGUUGGGUUUAAGUACCAGAAAGGGUCUGAUUCGGUUUUGGUGGUGAAAAAGGAGGAUUACGAUUCGUGCAACACCAAAAAUCCCUUGCAGAAGAUGGAGGAUGGCGAUUCAUCUUUCAUUCUUAAUAGGUCCGGUCCCUUCUACUUCAUCAGUGGCAAAUCUGAGCAUUGCCAGAAGGGUCAAAAACUGAUCGUCGUCGUUAUGGCUGCGAGAGGCAAGCCUCAUCACCAGUCACCUCCUACCCCGGCGCCGGCGCCGGCUCCGGUUGUGGCACCAUCUCCGGCAGCCAAGACACCAACUUCAUCGCCAUCGGCUAGUUCCGGCCCAGGUUUGAGGCUUGCUGGUCCGGUGGUGGGAUUGGCUUCGGGGGUUAGCCUUGGGAUAAGCUUGAUCUUUGGGAGCAUUGGUGGGCUGCUUUAA